CGCACUCUGUUACGUGGCCGGGCGCCGUCGUCACUUCCGGAUUCCCUGCGCCGUCUUGCUGGCUGACAGGGCUCGUCGGUAUCGGUGUGAUGGCGGUGGUACCAGCAGCGCAGUCCCUCCGGGUGUCUGAAAUCCGGGACCCGGCCGCCUUGUUCGAGCGCUACAACACGGAGGAGAUCCGAGCCAUAGAGCGCAAAGUCCGUGGGGAGAUCGAGCAGAAGAAAGAAGAGCUGCGGCAGAUGGUGGGCGAGCGGUACCGGGACCUGAUCGACGCCGCGGACACCAUCGGCGAGAUGCGCCAGUGCUCGGAGAGCGUGGUCCUGUCCAUCCAGGACAUGUACCGCUACUGCAGUAAGCUCAAGCAGGGGAAGAGCCACGCUGCGGCCGACAGCAAGCCGGAGAUGACCCAGCGGCAGUCACAGGAGAAGUUCUUCUGCAUGGCGGCGCAGAUCAAGCUGCUGCUGGAAAUCCCAGAGCACAUCUGGAGCUCCAUGGAGUCGUCGCAGUACCUGCGGGCCACGCAGCUCUACCUGCUCUGCUGCCACCUGCACGGGCAUCUCCACCUGGAGGCCGGAGGGCCACAUUACAGUCCCGUGCUCGCCCGCUUCCCCAUCCUCGUGCGCCAGGUCGCUGCUGCCGGCCACUUCAGGUCUACCAUCUUGCUGGAGAGUAAAUCCCUGCUGCGUGGCCGGGCCGUGUCUGACCAGGCGAUCGCCGACGCGCUGGCGUCCACCAUGCUGCUGGAGGGCAGCUCGCCGAGGCAGGUGCUGGCUGAUUUCCUCCUGGCCAGGAAGGCGUCCAUACAGCAGCUUCUGAACCAGCCGCAGCACGGGGCGGGCAUUAAGACCCAGGUGUGCUCUCUGGUGGAGCUCCUGGUCACCACGCUGUACCAGGCGUACGCCGUCUUCUACCUGCCGCCCGAGGGGUCGCCACAGGAUCCGUGUCUGAGCUGCGGCCUGCUGUUUUCCACCCUAGAGGGCGCCACCUCCUCCAAGCCGGCAGGUGGUAGGAACAGGGUACUGCAGGAGGACAUGGCCCCGGGGGGUUGGUUCCGGUAUCUUCCACCCUCUGUUACGGAGUUCCAGCCUGCCCUGCGCUCACUGGCCCAGCCGAUCCAAAGGGAACAGCUCCGCGAUUCGCUACAGCAGUGGAUCGACACGUGUAAGGAGGACAUCCGCCAGGCCGUUGGCAGCCUGCUGGUCUACGUGAAGAGCCUGAAGGCGCUGGCGUCCAUCCGCGACGCCGUCUGGGACCUGCUGGCCAGCGACUCCGUCAGCCAGAACUGGGCCGCCGUCUGUCAGAGGCUGCUGGGGCGCCCCCUAGCCUUCUGGGAGGACUUCCUGCAGCAGCUCUUCCUCCAGAGACUCCAGGCACUCACGCAGGAGGCCUUGGAUGGGAUCUCCGCCAGCUGUAGGCAGCUCCUGUCUACGUCACUGCAGGAGCUGGGGAUGGGUGCAGUUCCUGGAGAUUCCAGCAGGGUGGCGCUGUUCGAGGGCGACGUCGCCUCCUUCCUGUGGUCAGAGUCGCCGGGCGACCUGCCGAACGACGCAGCGUGGGUAAGCGCCUCUGUGCGGGGGGCGCCGGCCCCGGGGCACCCUGGCGGACUGGCCAUGAAGACGCGCGCCGUGACCCCCCGCGUUCAGGCCUUCUGUGCCAGCCUGGAUGCUCGCCUGCGGGUCCAGCUGGACGACCUGCAGCACUACCUCCCCUUGGAGUCCGACGGGGCCCCGCCCCCCUCGGCUGGGCUGGGACGCUUCGCUGACGCUGGGGUGGUCGAGGAGACCCUGAGGCUUCGCUGCCUGCACUGCAUGCGUGAGGUUCUGGCGCUGAUCCGCUCCGAACUGGACAGCACGCGGGGGCGCGGUGGGCUGCCGGCCGCCCCGCCCGUCCUCUUCAUGGCCAGGCUGGGCCAGUCCAUGGCCGAACUCUGCCCUAAUCUGCAGAGGUGCAUUCUGGGAAAUGAGGGAGCCGCAGGCGGCGGGGGGAGCUCUGCAGGCAGGGCCCCCCCCCGGCAGGGCAAGAAGCUGGGCAAGGCCGGCUCCAAGGUGGCAGACGUGAGUCCCGCCCAGACGGCGUGGGCCGGCCUGAAGGAGGAGCUCCUGUCCUGUAGUAUGGAAGCCUACCGGGUCUGGAGCUCCGCCCUCUCCAAGGUGCUGGUGCAGCGAUUCGCCUCCCAGCUGCACGCCGAGUCUCCCGGCUCCAUCCUGGAGAGCAGCACGACCUGGGAGGAGCUGGAGAUCCAGGAGGAGGCCGAGUCCGGGAGCAGCGUCACCUCCAAGAUCCGGCUGCCUGUCCAGCCCUCCUGGCACGUCCAGUCCCUGCUCUUCCACCUGUGCCUGGAGGUAAACCGGGUGGGCGGCCACGCUCUGCCGCCGGUCACCUUGCAGGAGUUGCAGCGCGGCUGCUUGGAUCAGGUGCUCAGCGAGUACGAGAAACUCGUCAAGGAGGCCCAGAACAAGGACUCUGCCUCCUCCGUGACACAGAACCGGGCCCUGCAGCUGCUCUUCGACCUGCGGCACCUCAGCGCCACCCUCGGUACCCGGCCGGACGACGGCAAGGUGGCGCGCCCGACGCAGGACCCCAGGAUCCAGGAUGUGUGUGACUCCCUGGAGAGCUUCAUCGACCCCUUUGACCUCGACGUGUUCACGGUGCCCCUGAACAGCAACCUGGCCUGGCUAGUUCAGAGGUCCUCGGUUCUGCUGGGUUUGCUUUCUGGACCAGAGCGGCCAUUCACCCCCCGGACUGGGAGCAGCGGUGCCCAGGAGCCGUCCAACAUCCUGCCCCUGGCGAGCAGCCAGUUUCGGUUUGGUCUGCUGCCUCUGAGUAUGACGACGUCACGAAAAGCCAAGUCCAUCACCCGGGGAGCAGAUGUCACCCGGCCCCUGGCCACGCCCACCACUGCCCCGUCUGCAGAGGAAAGCUUCCGACCAGGAAACCUCUUCAGACAGCUGGCCAAUCAGGAAGAGGAGUCUGCCACACCCUCCCUCUUCAAACUGAGCUGGCUCUCUGGCAUGGCUAAGUGAAGCUGAGUUUGAGUUUUUUUUUUUUAAAGUGUACAAAGGCUUUGUAAGAUACAGCUGUGUGAAUAUAUCACAAGACAUUACACAAUUGAAGCUUUUGGUUUUAUUUUAAAUCCAAGUAUGUGAUUUCUUACCCUCGGUCUGGACGUUCCACUCCCACACACACAACUCCUUGACCUCAUUCCUGUCAUUAAAACGAACAUAAUCCCAGAUCAGGA